GACCCAAGCUAUAUUUUGGGGAUGCAUCCAAAAAUAUACAACACUCGUAGCUCUAAUGCUAUAGACCGAGGGAAAUACAUAAUAUGGACAGCUGAAAUGGACAAUUGCCUCACCGACGUGCUUGUGGAGCAGGUGGAAAAGGGGAAUAAGGUGGAUAACAUCUUGAAGCCUGCAGUAUUUGCAGCUGCACUGAAAGCAUUGAAUGAAAAGUUUGGUAUGCAUUUGACAAAAGGACACAUAAAAAAUCGGCUGAAGACUUGGAGGAAGCAGUUUGCGGUUCUGAAGGAACUCCUUGCCCAUAGGGGAUUUGUUUGGAAUAAGACACAAAAGAUGGUUGUUGCUAAUGAUUCAGUUUGGAAUGACUACAUCAGGGAGCAUCCAGAUGCCAAGAUUUUCCGAGCAAAGUCCAUUGAAAACUAUGAUAAAUUAUGUUUUGUUCUUGGAAAUGAUCAAUCAAUUGCAAGACUUUCUGACAAUGUUACAGAAAUUGAUGUAAACUUCACAGUUGAUAAUGGGGAUCCAGAUCUUGUCAUUUUGUCUGAAACACAAACUGAUGGAAAUCUGACUAAGAACCUCAGGUGGACCGAGGAAAUGGAUCACUGGCUUGGAAAGAUUCUCGUAGAUCAAGUGAGGAAAGGGCUUAAAAUUGAUAAUGUUUUUCAGACAGAAGCAUAUGACAAAGCUGUUUCAGCCAUGAAUGCAAAAUUUGGGCUUCAUCUAACAAAAUUUAACAUUAAAAAUCGUCUUAAAACAUGGAAGAAACAAUAUGAAAUAGCAAAGGAAAUUCUGUGUCAUGCUGGAUUUAGAUGGGAUGAAACAAAGAAAAUGAUCAUUGCUAAUGAUUCUACAUGGAUUGAGUACAUCCGGACUCAUCCAGAUGCAAGGACUUACCGUGCUAGGGUCCUAGAGAACUAUGAGCAGUUCUGCUCUAUCUUUGGCCAUUAUAAUGAGCCGUUGCAUCCUAGUGACUCCAUUCCUUGUGAUGAGCCUUCAGAGUUUGAAAGUAUCUGCCCAGUUAACUAUGAUAGCAAUCUUAAAGAUGUAGUGAAGCAAAUGAGGUGGACAAGUGAUAUGGACAGCUGUCUAAGUGAAAUUCUAGUGCAGCAAAUUAAACUUGGUAACAGAAGCAAAUUUGACCACAAACUGAAACCUGCUGCAUUGGAAGCUGCUGUGCUGGCCAUUAACGAUAAGUUUAAGCUUUAUAUGUUGAAAGAUCAUAUUAAAAAUCGUCUUAAAACAUGGAAGAAACAAUAUGAUACUCUGAAAGAACUUCUGCGACAGAGCGGCUUUGAAUGGGAUGAGAACCGAAAAAUGGUCAUUGCAGAUGACUCUGUAUGGAAUGAAUAUAUUAAGAUAAAUCCUGAUGCUCGAAUUCUUAAAGGACGAGUUAUCAGAAACUAUGAGGAACUGUGCAUAAUCAUUGGACACCUUGAUCCACCAGGUAUGAACACUUCUCGUGCUAACAGGGGUAUGACUACAGAUGAUAAUGUUAUGGAAGUUCAAGAGACAAAUUAUCAUGGAACUGAUAAUACAACAGAAAAAGUAAAGAGUGUGACAUGGACAGAUGAGAUGGAUCAUUGUUUGACAGAGCUGCUAGUAAAACAAGUGAUGUUGGGAAACAAGCUUGAGAAAAAUUUCAAGACGUCAGCUUACAUAGCUACUCUAGCUGUUCUAAAUGAGAGGUUUGACUUGAACUUAACAAUAGAAAACAUUAAAAGCCGGUUGAGAACAUGGAAAAAACAGUAUGGCCUUUUGAAGGAAAUGCUUUCACGUGGGGGAUUUCAAUGGGAUGAAGGACGUAAGGUAGUUGUUGCAACUGACUCCACAUGGAAUGAAUACAUUAAGAAACAUCGAGAUGCUAGGCAUCUGCGAGACAAACAAAUAGAGAAUUACAAUGAAUUAGGUUUGAUUGUUGGCAAUGACGAAGCUAGUGGAAAUUGGUCUGACGACACUGAGAUGUUUGAUGUAAACCUUACUCCUCAGUUUGUGGAGAAUAGUAAUGUAAAUCUUACUCCUAACUUUGAAGGGCAUGCUGAUGUAAAUCUCACUCCUCACUUUGAAGAGAAUGCUGAAACUCCAACACUGAUGUUAGGCUACGAAGAGGAGACGAGCCAUGAUAAUGCAAGUGACGAAGUGCAGGGUUCAUCUGAGCAAACAGGGGCAAGGCCUUCAUCAUCACAUUCAAAGCAGCCAUCAAAACGUAGACGCACCGACGAUGUCAUGCUACAAAUGAUGAGUGUUAUGGCUUCAGAUAUUGGUCGAAUAGCCGAUGCAUUGACUGAAAAUAACAAAACAAUGUGCUUGGAGGAAGUGGUUGAAAAGGUGCAAAAUAUUCCUGGCUUUGAUGAUGAUCUAAUCAUUGAAGCUUGUGAAUAUUUAUGUUUUGAUGAGAAGAGGGGAAUGAUGUUUUUGAAAUUAGACGAGAGAUUGAGAAAAAAGUGGUUGUUGAAACGUUUGCGAGGUUAAUGUAUCCCCAGUUAAACAGAUCAUUGUAUUCAUUCAUCUUGGCAUUUGUAGUAUCCCCAGUUUAUGUUAUUUAGUUCUGUAAACUGCAUGGAAAGGGGAAAAAGGUGUGGAAAGACAAGCUGUUUCAGCACCCAACUCCUUGUAUCUUGCAGGUAAAUGUGUAUAUGUAGCAGCUUUUAAAUUAGUCUGAAAGCAUGUUUUGCACUAGUUUAACUCGAACAAAACACUAGGCGUGCAUUUGUUUUGCCUAAAUUUUGUACAAAAGUUGUUGUUACUUUUUUUAAACACAAGAAAGUUAUGUUAAUAAAUGGUACAUUUUAAUUGCAAAA